UGUUUUUUUUUUUGUUGUUGUUGUUGUUUAUAAAGAUCUUGCAGUAGUUAUAUGAAAAAGUCUGAUGGUGAAGCCGCCUUAGUUAUUUAGUACAUUAUAGUGAAAGUAGGUUGUCGAAGGUUGCUAGCAUUAACCCAGGACAGGAACUGAAUGAGUGUAAUGGUACGUGACCACUGACCAGAAGAGAGUAGUGACUUCAUGUGAUCAAUGGGUGUGGUCUGGAAUCACCAAGCAAAUGUCUUGGGAAUCGGUGAGCAGAACCAUUGAGCCAGAACAAAGCCGCUUUGUGACCAAAUAUGACAGUAUUAUUGUAUUCUUGGAUGUGGCCUGCUUUUGUUUGCUUUGUCAAACGACCACAUUUGAGCGUUUAGUGAUUUGGCCGGAAGAAUCUUUCAGUGAUACCUUGACAGGAAAAUAAACCCUUCACGAAGUGAUGGAUGGCAUUUUCUACUUUACAUUUCACAUUCGCCCGAUGUAUGAGCUGCUGCGGAGUUUCAGUGAAGUCAUUUGUCACUUAUGACGGGAAUAAGGUCAAGCUUAGACCGUACCUGGUGUCCGAUUAUAAACAUUUUGUUGUGAAACCCCCAGAGGUGGUUUGAGGUUCUGUUUGAAAUUCGGCUCCAUUGCGUCUCUUUUCUGCUCAUUCUACCCUGUAUUAAGACAGACUUGACUGGACAUGUUCCAGCGUGGCUCUCACAAUAUUUUUCAGCAUAAUUAUCUUUGUAGCUCUUCACAUUUGUUUUAUUUUUGUCCUUAGGAAGUGAAAUUCUUUCAGUUUCCACGGCGCAAUUACCUUUAAUCAGAGUUAUUGUUUUUUUUCCCCGUGACUCCCUGGUGCAGAUUUUCUUAUUGCUCAGCUGGGAGUAAACAUUUUGUAAUUUGAAGGUUUUUCAGUGCAACGCUGUGCUAUGAAAACAGACUCUUUGCUUUUUCAUUCCUACUGGUUACUGAAGUGCAGCGAUAAUGUGUGCUGGAUUCAGCUCAGUCUUUUCUCUCUCUCUCUCUUAUUCUCAGUCACUUUACAAGAAUUCCUAAUUCACUCUUUGUUUCGCCUUUCCCCUCCUGCUUCUUUUUUUCCUGUUAGUCUCUUCCACUUUUUUUUUUUUACCACCACUUCUCUGUUCUGCUUUAGAGCUAGCAUAGUUUCUCCUUAUAAGGGAGCCUGAACUUGCACAGACCCAAAAUACACCAGUGGAUGAAGGCAAAUAUAUCAUCCUCACAACGAAGAGGAAGGCAGAUGUUUUUAUUAGGGUCUGGCUGGAAGACGUAUCUAAAUGCUUUUUAUCAGGGACAUUAGUCUGAGUGGGAGAGUCGUACCAGUGAGGGUUUAAAGACCAAAAGUCUCUUGGGGUGUAAAUGUAACAGGAAGAGGUCAGCGAGGUUCACUUCCAGAGGACUGGAGUCCGGCCGUGAGAAAGAAAAACGUGGAAUCACAGUUAGUUUCUGGUCCAAGGAUCUGAUCAAAGAAGCCAUCCUGGACAAUGACUUCAUGAAAAACCUGGAGCUGUCCCAGAUCCAGGAGAUUGUGGACUGUAUGUACCCUGUGGAGUAUGGAAAAGACAGCUGCAUCAUCAAGGAGGGCGACGUGGGCUCGCUCGUCUACGUCAUGGAAGAUGGAAAGGUGGAGGUGACAAAGGAGAGCCUGAAACUCUGCACCAUGGGGCCUGGGAAGGUGUUUGGAGAGCUGGCUAUUCUCUACAACUGCACCAGGACAGCUACUGUCAAGACUCUUACGAAUGUGAAGCUGUGGGCCAUCGACCGCCAGUGUUUUCAGACCAUCAUGAUGAGGACGGGGCUCAUCAAGCACACCGAGUAUAUGGAGUUUCUGAAAAGUGUGCCCUCUUUCCACGGCCUGCAAGAUGAUAUACUGAGCAAGCUUGCCGACGUUCUGGAGGAGACACAUUAUGAAGAUGGAGAGUACAUCAUCAGACAAGGGGCCAGAGGAGACACUUUCUUCAUCAUCAGCAAGGGAAAGGUUAACGUGACCAGGGAAGAUUUGCCAAACGGAGAGCCAGUGUAUCUGCGCAGCCUCGGGAAAGGCGACUGGUUCGGAGAGAAAGCGCUACAAGGAGAGGACAUCAGGACGGCCAACGUUAUCGCCGCAGAGGCAGUCACCUGUCUGGUCAUCGACAGAGAUUCCUUUAAGCACCUGAUCGGAGGAUUGGAGGAUGUCUCCAGUAAAGGUCAUGAGGACGCUGACGCCAAAGCCAAGUAUGAGGCGGAGAACGCGUUCUUCUUUAAUCUCAACCUGGCUGACUUCAAUAUCAUUGACACCUUAGGGGUUGGUGGUUUUGGGCGUGUUGAGUUGGUUCAGCUCAAGAGUGACGAAAACAAAACAUUCGCCAUGAAGAUCCUGAAGAAGCGGCACAUCGUUGAUACCAGACAACAGGAGCACAUUCGUUCAGAAAAGCUCAUCAUGCAGGAAGCCCACUCUGACUUCAUCGUCAGACUCUACAGAACCUUCAAGGACAGCAAGUAUCUGUACAUGUUAAUGGAAGCGUGUUUAGGAGGAGAACUAUGGACCAUUCUUAGAGACCGGGGUUCAUUUGAAGACUCGACAACUAGGUUUUACACGGCCUGUGUGGUGGAGGCCUUUGCUUACCUGCAUUCCAAAGGGAUCAUCUACAGAGACCUCAAGCCAGAGAAUCUAAUACUGGACCACAGGGGCUAUGCCAAACUGGUGGACUUUGGCUUUGCCAAAAAGAUUGGCUUCGGUAAGAAGACGUGGACUUUCUGUGGAACACCAGAAUAUGUAGCACCAGAAAUUAUUCUGAACAAAGGCCACGACAUCUCAGCGGACUACUGGUCCCUAGGAAUUCUCAUGUUUGAGCUUUUAACUGGCAGCCCCCCCUUCUCUGGCCCUGACCCCAUGAAAACGUACAACAUCAUUCUGAGGGGCAUCGACAUGAUCGAAUUUCCAAAGAAAAUUACCAAAAAUGCUGCCAACCUAAUCAAAAAGCUAUGCAGGGAUAAUCCUUCUGAAAGGCUGGGAAACUUGAAAAAUGGUGUCAAAGACAUCCAAAAGCACAAAUGGUUCGAGGGCUUUAACUGGGAGGGCUUGAAGAAGGGGACAUUGACGCCUCCAAUUAUCCCUAAUGUCACAUCGGCCGUCGACACAAGUAACUUUGAUAGCUUCCCAGAGGACAAUGAAGACCCUCCACCUGACGACAACUCAGGCUGGGAUGUUGAUUUUUGAAGUCCAGCUCUUUCCCAAAGGAACUCUUCUUUUGUUGGCUCGGAGGCCAUUUUGAGGACUUUGUUGUAAAAAAAAAAAAAAGAAGAAGAAAAAAGAAAAGAAGAAGAAAAGGAAAGGAAACCGCAUUUAAAAUGAAUGAGGGGAAAGAAGAUAAACGGAUGGAUGGAUGGCUAACCCUCUGGGUCACCAGUAUGCCUUUACUUCACUGUGGCUCUGGAUCAAGCAUUUACAAAGAGACUGCUGUAGCACUUCUUUAGUGUUGUCUUACACUCUGCUCUUAAGGCAAAGGAAAGAAUGUGCAGGGAAACUUUCACUUACACACACUGGGAGAGGUUGAUCACGGAGCCGGGGUUUUUUUUUUCCCACGUUAAUUAGGUAAACGAUUGUCGAUUGAAGUUUGGUCCGUUUGGGUUCUGGUACUUGGAUGAGUGUGAUGUCUGACGGCGGACACCUGCAAAAGAGAGAGGAUGGUGAUUAUUUAUGUGUGCGAUAUUUUGCUUAAAUUUCUGUUGGGAAAUGCGAUCGGCGUCGGGAGGUUUUAUUACGAUACCGCGACGGUUCGCUGGUCGUGAAUGUGCAGCUCUGUGCCGAAGGAUCUCUCUGCUGUUUGCAAGCAAACCUGGCAACAAGUGCUCAAGACUAAUCUGAAUGUCACUGAUUCACACGCGUCGUAUUUAUUUAGCCUCCGAACUGUGCGUGGUGCAUAGUGUUUGAAUUCAGAGUCACAUUCUGACGACCGCGUCCAUGACGUCAAACGCUCUUCUACCUUUCGAAAUGAAACUGACUCGUGUUGAAAAAAAAAAAAAAAAAAA